UGGCUUCUGGCUCUGACGCCGACGGACGAAAGCUCAGUACGGAGUCAUCGAUCGCGUGGGACGGUGAGCCGAGUUCGCCGUCGCACAAUUCAACAGGCGCAAGGCCAAGGCGAGGUGAGGCCCGCGUCGUACGAAAUGAAAGCUACGCCAGCAUUUGUCCGCUCGUCAGCCCUUCAGCUUGUCUACAUCACGGGUGCCUAUUAUGUGUAUGCAGGUGGACAGCCCGUCUCAGUUGGUUCGGUUUGA